UUUGAAUUCAGUCAUUCGCGGUGCAUCAUGGGAUACAAAAUGUGUACAAAGAUGGCUAACAACUGCUAAUUCGCCCGUAAUAACUGUAAUUGUAUAUCUAUUUGACAUUUUUUCGCAUUAGUUGUGGUGUCGUUAAAUGUAUGACGUGUUAACUGUAGUAAGUCCUCAUUAUGUCAACCAGAACGGAGCGCAGGGUGUCCAGCUCUUCGUCCAGGACAGAUGAAAGGACGAGAUCAAGGAGCAGAGGGCGUGAAAAAAGGAAGCGAAAACGAAGCCGUAGCAGAUCGUCUUCCUCAUCAUCUAGUUCAUCAUCUUCUCCCUCGUCUUCCUCCUCUUCGUCUUCCAGCUCUUCUGGUUCAUCACAUUCAUCAAGUAGCAGCAGAAGUAGCUCUAGCAGCAGCAGUGACUCCCGCGGUAAAUCCAGGAAGCAGUCCAAGAGAAGAAAAAAGGAGAAGCAUAAAAAAAAAGGGAAGAAGGAGAAGAAACAAAAGCGUAAAAAAGACAAGAAAGCAAAAGGAGGGGAAGACAAAUCAGGACCUGUCCAGAUCUCUAAGUAUUUAAAAGAAAAGGAAAAGGGCAAGUACAGCAUGAUAUCAGGAAAGAAGAUAAAAAUGAAGGUGAAGAAGUCAAAAAAAGACAAACAGAGGGAUAAAAACCGAGCAGAAUUGCUGGAGUUCCUAAACUCUACCCUGUGAAGCCUCCUUGGCCCCUCUUCCUCUUGUUGGUCACUGAUGGCAGAACUCAGGAAAUAGCUGCUCCUGCCUCCCAGCAGGUGGACAAAAGAAGUAGGAGGCGACAAACAAGAAUGACUGUUUUCCACCACAUGGCGGCAGCAGCGAGCUGGAUUCAAACAGGGACUGGAGGCUCAAACACAUUCAGCUCAAUAACUACAUUUUCACCUUGUUUCUGUGCAGGUGGUCACCUUGAGGUCCUAGUAAGAAGUGUUGUUAUGUAGAGAGUUUUGAAUGUGAUCAGAUGUAAACUAAAUCUCAUAAACUAUGAUUUAGGUGGAAACACAUUUUAAAGGUGUAAUCUACCUAUUCAGCCAGUUUGAACCGAACAUAAACAAGUCUGUGUCAUUGAAAUGUCAGCUUCAUGUGUAUAUAUCUUUUCAGGGUCUUGACGUCAUGUUCUGUCUAAAAAAAGACAAAACAAUCUAUAAAUUUAUAUUUUUAAGAUGAUGACCAACCGCUUAUGUGUUUAAGAUGGCCCACAUGUUCAGUUUUAGAAUGAAUUUAAGACCCAAAGUGUUUUCAGUUCUAAAACAGACAAUUUAUUUGUGUACUUUUUCUUUUUACUAUGAGGAUUGAGCUGUGUAAGUUUCCAGCUAUGUAUGACUCAUUA